UAAUCUGUGGAUGUGGAGUGUGGUUGUUUUUCUUAUUUGUUAACUGAUGGUCUUUAGUCUAGCUUACAUCCUUACAAGAGAUAUAUACCAUAAAAUCACGAGAUAUCAAUAAUCAGACGGUUGACCUGCAUGCUUAUCAGUGGCCAGGUGGAUCACUGACCUCUUCGAGAGAACGUAGAAACACUGUUUAACCGUGGUCAACCGUUAUAAGCACACAAGCUCGGAUCUAUGGGACGAGAAAAGUGUUGGAGUGGCGUAUUCGAUAUCGAGAUUGAAGAACACGAAUUUGGCUGAACUAAAACUGCUUGGAAUCAUCCAAAUUUCGCCAGUAGGCAUUGGAACACAAAAAACCGUAUUAGGUCUUCCCAAGACUAAGUGCCUAUGAACUUUGCAUGACUUGACAUCUCUGUGCAACUGGAUAUAUUUGGAUCUGAUACACCAAGUGUGACAGGUGAAGUGAACAAUGGAACAGAAAGGACUGGAUCAUUGGGCAGACAUUCUUGUGCUUGUCAUUUACUUUGCAGUCGUCCUGGCUGUCGGAUUAUGGUCUCUGUGCAGGAAAAAUCGAGGCAGUUUGAAAGGAUAUUUUCUGGCAGGUCGCAAUAUACCGUGGUGGCCGGUUGGAGCGUCUCUCUUCUCGAGUAACAUCGGCAGUGAGCAUUUUAUCGGUUUGGCAGGAACAGGUGCAGCGUCAGGCAUCGCUGUGGUUCUCUACGAGUGGGCGUCACUUCCACUUUUGAUCAUCCUUUCAUGGCUCUUCCUUCCGGUCUACGUCACAUCCGGUGUGUACACACUUCCGGAAUACCUCGGCAAACGAUUCGGUGGUCAGAGACUGAGGAUAUAUCUCAGCGUGCUUGCUCUCGUCCUCUACAUCAUUACCAAGUUAGCGGUGUGUAUCUACGCUGGCGCCCUCUUCAUCCAACUCGCCCUUGGCUGGGACAUGUAUCUCUCCAUCGUGGUCCUGCUCAUUAUUACAGGCAUCUUCACAGUGCUAGGCGGCUUGGCUGCUGUCAUCUAUACUGAUACACUGCAGACACUCAUCAUGGUCAUUGGCGCGGUUAUCUUGACCAUUUUAGGUUAUAUCGAAAUUGGUGGUGAGGAUAAUCUAAAGCGGAGGUACAUGGAAGCGGUGCCCUCCAUCAGGAGUAAUAACACGACGUGCGGCUUGCCCAGGCAUGACGCUUUCAACUUGUUCCGGCAUCCUGGCGACCCAGAUACCCCCUGGAUUGGUAUGAUUCUACAGCCAACCAUUGGCUGCCUCUGGUAUUGGUGUGCAGACCAGGUAAUGGUCCAAAGAGUGCUGGCAGCCAAAGACAUCAGCCACGCAAAGGGUGGCGCAAUCCUGGCCGGCUACUUGAAGCUACUCCCCCUCUGGCUCAUCAUUAUGCCUGGAAUGAUCAGUAGGGCACUUUACCCUGAUGAGAUCGGCUGCGUUGAUCCCGAUGAAUGUAUGAGAUUCUGCGGCAACGCAGUGGGAUGUUCCAACAUUGCUUAUCCCAAGUUGGUCAUGGAGCUCAUGCCAGUAGCACUGAAAGGGCUCCUCCUAGCGGUGAUGUUGGCGGCAAUCAUGAGUUCCUUGUCGAGUAUAUUCAACAGUGCCAGCAGUGUGUUCACCAUGGACCUUUGGAGGAGAUUCAGAAAACAGGCCCAGGAGAGGGAGCUGCUAAUUGUAGGGAGAAUUUUCAUAGUCAUCUUAUGCAUGGUGAGCAUCUUGUGGAUUCCCCUGGUGCAGUCUGCUCACGGGGGACAACUGUUUGUUUAUAUCCAGGCUGUCCAAGGUUACCUGGGGACACCCAUUGGGGCUCUCUUCAUGAUGGCCAUACUGUGGAAGCGCAUGAAUGAAACGGGAGCUUUCUGGGGAAUAGUAGCAGGCCAUACCGGUGGUGUCAUCAGGAUGGUGUUGGAUUUUGUAUACACGGCUCCUGCCUGUGGUGAGGUGGAUACGAGACCUUUCGUGGUCUAUGCCGUACACUACAGCUACUUCGGCACGAUUCUGUUUUGUUUAACACUUGGUGUAGGGGCCAUUGGAAGUCUGGUCACACAGCCGCAGGAAGAAACCACACUUGCUGGUGUCACGUGGUGGACUAAAAUGGUCGACCCUUCAACAGGGAAGCGAGUUCCGGAAGACAAACUCGAGAUGGCCGUGCGUAGUGACGAAUCGACUACAUCCGAAGAUGAUGGUCACGUGGUCGAGAAUGGCCAUAUACCACCAGAUGACAAAGAAUCUGAAUUGGCAAGUGGGGAUUCCGAAGAAGAGACUGGCUUCUGUAAGAAAUGGCUGAAUACAAUUCUCGGCAUCAAGGACAAAGACCAUGCGGUUACUACAGAAACCUUUCAAAACCGCGUGGCAUUCCUUCAUCAACGAACAAGAUGGCGUCGUUUGGUCAACGUGAAUGCCGCCAUUGCUUUAGGCGUUUUGAUAUUUUUGGUUGGAUUCUACCACUGACAUUUUUGGCUCACCGUAGGGGAGUCUAUACGAUACCGCAGUGUCCGUCGUCCGUUGCGUCCGUCGUCGUCGUCGUCGUCGUCGUCGUCGUCGUCGUCGUCGUCGUCGUCGUCGUCCGUCGUAUCCUAGUUCAAAAACAGUGGCACGUUUUUUAACCGCUAGGCCUAUGAACUUAAAACUUUGUACACAUGACCCCCUAGGUCAGAUGACCCGUGACACUAAAUUUCUGUCCGAUCUGAUUUUCUACUUGGCCACCAGGGGGCAAAAUGUGGAUAUCUAAAAAGUGUGAUAUCUCGCUUAUUAGUGACUUGUUUUCGAUAAAACUUUUGUGGUAGGUACUCAUAGCAAGGAUACAUCAUAUAUCUUACGGGUUUUUAAUUUGAUCUACUUUUCAAGGUCGCAGAGGUCAAAUGGCGUGAAUUGGCCGUUUGAGUGUAACUAUGGCACGUUUCUGAACCACCAAAGCUAUGAGCUUGAAACUUGGUACAUAUAACCCCCUAUAUCAGAUAACCUCUGGUGCUGAAUUUCAGCCUGAUCUGAUUCUUGACUUUGCCACCAGGGGGCCAAAACAGAAAAAGUAAGAAGUGCAAUAGCCUGCCUAUUAGCAAAUUGUUUUUGAUGAAAUUUUUAUGGCAGGGACCCCUAGCAAGGUUACCUCAGAUGUUGCACGAUUUUUCGGAUUUGACCUACUUUUUAAGGUCGCAGAGGUCAAAUGGCGUAAAUUUGCCGUUUGAGUGUAACUAUGGCACGUUUCUCAACCGCAACAGUUAUGAACUUGAAACUUUGAACAAAUGACCCCCUAGGUCAGUUGACCUUUUACACUGAAUUUUGGUUUGGUCUGAUUAUUGACUUGGCCACCAGGGGGCCCAAACUCAAAACUCAAAAAGUGUGAUUUCUCGCUUAUUACUGAUUUGUUUUUGAUAAAAGUUUCAUGGUAGGUACUCCCAGCAAGGAUACAUCACAUAUCUUACGGGUUUUUGAUUUGACCCACCUUUCAAGUUCACAGAGGUCAAAGUUGAAAACUUUACCGUUCUUGGUACGUUUUGUCGUUGUUCAAUGUAAAGAGUUUUAAUUUUGUGUAAUGAUGCAUCUAAGAAGCCACUAUUUGUAUGCCAAGUUUCAGCCAGAUCGGAAUUCAAAUAUGGCCGAAAUUGCAUGUUUUGUGGGUUUUUCCUCGUAUUGUGGCAAUCCAAAGGUCGUGAGUUCAAACCCCGGUCAAGGACAGCCAAAAAUAUUUUUAUUUUUCAUCUUUUCCUUUUUUCUUUUCUGAGUUCUAUCUUACAUUUUCUUCAUUUUUUGAUUUAUUUGGUGCCAUAGAUUUAAUUAGGCGGCCAUCUUGGAAAUCGUUUUUUGCCGAUUGCUGUAGUGUAACCAGUGAUGAAAUUGUUAUGGUCAGGUGGAUGUGUCUACAUCACAUAUCACCCUGGUUUGUUAUUUGACCUACCUGUCAGGGUCACUGAGGUCAAAGUUAAAAAUAUAUUCACCGUGACCAUUGUCAUGGAGUGGCACGUUUCUUCACUAUCAUUUUCACCUAGACUCUACAAGCUUGGAACCACAAGUCUCGGAUUCACCACUUGGCCAGGGCCGGCUCUGAACUGGUCACAGAUGCAUGUAUAAAUUAUGAGAGGCCUACAUACUGUAGCACUUUCUGUAACUGUCUACUAAAAAUACCUACGGUGAGCACAAUGGCCCCUGGCCGUUUCAUUCAUUUCCGGAGAGGUCGCAGUAGGCCUGGUGACAUUGGCGCUGCUCAUUGGUCUCGCUAGAUCAUCAGGGUUUCGCACUAACCGUUAAAUAUAUCCACAGUUGCAGUCAAGCAAGGUGUGACUUAUACAUGGAAUACAAGGUAUCCACGAUGCCCACGGCAGCGAAUGGUAGUUUUCACGGCAGAUAUAGUAUCCGCAGUGCGAACUUGACCAUCGACAUCGAAAGAGUGCGGCUUUUUGAUGAUUUGGUUUUUACUUUCGACUAUCCCGUCACACAUACCUUUCCAUGGCAGGUAUAAAGUAGAUGUUAUUUAAUUAUUCGUAGCCUCGAGGACUAAUGUAAGCAUGCGUUUGCCGAAUAAACUUAUCGAUGAGACAAAAUAAAACGGACGGAUCACUUUUUAGUGUCUUCAAAUAUCGUGCAUAAUGUAUGCAAAUAAUAAUGAUAAUGAUGAUGAUAAUGAUACAUAUAUUAUUUAUUUAUUAUUUACUAGCAUUAUAC